CUGCCCGGGUUAUAGAAAAGUUAUGAAGAAAUUAAUAUUUUCCACCCUAUCUGUGAUGGGCCGGAUCGAUAUGUUGAAACACGUUAAUAAACAAACCGUGAUAAUAAAUAACAACGUGGAUUAACACCAGCUUAAUUCUACUAUCCUUGAUUACCAAUUUAUUUGUUAGAUAUUUGAAAAAUCUUAUAUUUAAGUCUUCCAUUUAUUCGUCUUUUGUUCAAAUUAUUCACGAUUACGGACGGAUUAAAUUACGGGCGCUAUCAAUAAAGAUUUAGCCUUAAAAGUGAUUUAACAGAAACGAGAUUUUACAAGCGGAUUUUGAUAACUUCUACAGAGCUGAAAGCUAUAAAUUUUAAACGUAAAUUAUUACUCUGAAUGGGUACACAUAAUAGCAUGUUUUAUGUUCAUUUUGUCCUACUGUUAAAUUCUUAACAACCGCGUUGGUUGACACACCGUUAAAGUGAUCGAUUUGGUAUACAAGUAGAAAUAUUUAUUUUUUCAAAUUGGCUUUAAUUAUUUCUAAAGUAAGUGAAGUAGACCGGUGUUUUCUUUUAUAUUUUUUUAACAAACGGUCAAUACUUAACAACUAUUUAACCACAUUUGAUAGAUUUGAUAAUACACAGGUUGGAAACAGCAGCAAGUGUUAAAAUUAUAUCAAUUUAUGUGAAUUUAACAGUGAUUGAAUGAAUGAUAAACGAGAAAAUUUGGUUCUUUGGAUGUAGAUAAGUUACGAGAACGUGUAGAUAUUUGGACGUGUGGAUAUUUGGAUGAACUUGAACUAGUCAAUAAAAAUGACUGGAUCUAACUCAGACCCGGACAAAUCUUUCAUUAUCGUGAAAUAUGGAGAUAAUGAAGAAGCAAUAUUUAACCCCUGGUGUUCUAGCCACACGUUGAUGGAAUGGAUAAGAAAAAAAUGUAACUGUGACGAUGAUAUUGCGAUUGACCUGGUUGACAUGGAAGGACAGGUAACGAACCUAUCUGGACGAGCGAAGGAGUAUGCCACAGAAGUUGUUACUGCCAGGGGCAUUUAUAUACUUAUACGAGUUGAAAGACUUCCUGACAAUGGCCAGUUUCAUUACACUGCUCUUUUAAAUAACUUGGAAGAAACAAAUCCAGAAUUAAUGGUAAAACUUAACAGUAUGUCACGUCCAACAACAAGGGCAAAAAAUAUCAAACAAAAGGGAGGCAAGAAAACCCAACCUCAAAAACUACGCCAAGAAUCUGCAAACAGAAGACCGUCAAGCAGUGAAAGAAAGAAAACUAAGUGAAAACCAAUGUAUAUGCAUCUUACUGUAUGAUUUAUUGUGAGCAAGUGUUGAAGAUGUAUUCGUGUAAUUGUUAUAGAAUUUGCAAGAUAUUAUGUAGAUAUUUAUGAGAAAAAAAAUACAAAAACAGCAACAACAACAACAACAACAACAUUGAAACAACAUUUACCUUAUCAAAAUAAGAUAGAAAUGACUUGAGACGAAAUUUUCUUUGGUUACAAUAAGAAAACUAGCGAUAUGCAUCUUUCAUUUUUGCUGAUACUCGUCACCUAUUAAAUUAAAUAAUGUCCUCUUUAUACUGUAUAGCAUAUGUAUAGUAUUAUGCCUUUACCAGGACAUUGUAUGUAAUUCCCUAUUUUCUAACUAAACUCCAUUUCCGAAAUGCCUAUAAUUAAAAAGAUAAUAUGACCUGCGUAGCAUUACACAUGCAUAAAUUCCGAUAUAGUAUACAGGCUUCUUGUGCUACAGGGAUAGGAAGGCACUGCGUGAACUUUGCAUUAAGCAUUUGUUACCUUGAAUUAUUUUGAAUUCCAUGUAUCCUUGAAGGUAAACUUCUUUGUGACUUUACAAUGAUAGAAGGUCUGAAAAAAUGCAUUUAUAAUUUUUCUUACAAAAUGUCUUUCUCCUUAUGCCAAAAACGCAUUUUUACAUAUACUGUAUUUUAUUGUAAGCCAUUCUAAUUAACUAUCAUUUGCUAUAAAUGUAUAUAAUUAUAUCAAAAGAAAUAUCCAUUGCACACACUUGUAUUGAAAGAGAACAAACCAAAGUCGUACUGUGCCUUAAUACAUUAAAGACUGUCAAUCAUUUAAUUUUUUGUAAUCUUAUAUGUGAAGCGUGUUUCAAUUUAUUUAAAUGCCCUUUUUGAAGUCAUGCAUUGAAGUAUUUAACAAGUUUAAUAUUUUGAAUAUAUCAUACAAAACGGCCGAAUUAGAAUAAUAGCUUUUUGUAUGCAAACUUAAACCUUUUUUUCAAAUUGAUGUAUAGAUAAUUUCACACAUAGACAUCUGUUUUGAUCAUGGAAUUCACACUGAAAGCAAAAACACAUCAUACACUUGAUAAUUCAAUGAACAAUUUUGCACAUCCUAACGGGGUAACGCGCCAAAAUAAUGUUGCAUUUAUUUUCUUAUUUUAUAGAAAUGUAUCAUUUUAUUUAAACUGUGAUAAAUUUUAUUGUUUAUGCCUAAAUAAAAUAUUAAAUGAACAUCCCUUUCA